UGCAGAGCAUCAGGACAACAUUCGCGUAUGAUUCUGCCUGGCUAAUUAUACCUACCGACAUAAUAUAUUUAAAUUCUGUUUACUUGCCGCGGAUGUUCGAUCGGUGAUUGUGAUACGUUGUGCGGACCAACGUGCCCGACCGUGUCAUCCUACCUCGGGCUGGUGACGCUGUUCCUUUUCUCGGCAAUGGACUUGUUUCGAUCAACUCUGCUCCUCGAUACAAAGUUAUUUAUUGGUAUUUAGCGGAGUAACGACGUGCUCUACGUUUCUCUUGUGCAGUGCAAGCAACGCCGGAUUUACUCAAACACCAGUCGAGAUGUUCGAUCGCCAUCACUGUGACGGUUAGGACAUAGGGCAGGGGGCAAAACAGUGCGGGUCGAACCGUGGUGCGCGCGAUCACGUACAACCAUGCGAGAUCCACGAUCGCUUCGGUCGAUCGCAGUUAAACCGGCAGAUUGAUUGGUCGUCCGCUCGAGCUUGAUAGAGAUGAGUCGUAUACCUCGUGAGAGAGGAGCGUAGAUGUACCAAGACCGCGAGUGCGCAACCCUUUACGGUGAUCCAUCGUUUCUACCGUCGGCAUCGGCGUCGGUGCAUCGGAAUCCUAUCUAAGUGAUACCGAGGGCAAAAGUACUUGAAGGCCGUAGGCUGCGAGGACAUUGAGAAUUCUUAUCACACAGAUGCGAACCGCGAAUAUUGCGGCGAAGAGGAAACGCAGCUAUCGCUGCUAGUAUCGCUCCAUUCGAGGCUGCCAGUUUUCGACUGGUUUAAGUCUAAGUCUAAGCUUAGACUUAGUUGGAUACAGGAUGAUGUACUCACCGGACAAGAUGAUGGGGAGCAAGGGACUUCACGGGGCACCGAUCACUGCCCCGGGCUGUUUUCCUUCGGGGAGGUAUUCGCCGCCACCUUACCGUGCCGCCCCGGACCCCAUGCCGCCGCCGCCGCGACGCUGUAUGCCUAAUCCUACGAGUCGUAUAUUGGAAGAUGCCUCCAUUAUGUGCAACUCCUGGUCACCAAGGCAUAACGGUGACUUAUUCGGGGGCUUGAACAGCGGUCUACAAGACGGCUUACUUUCGAGGGCAGAGGCUUUGGCUGCGGAUUUAGGAAAACACAACGCGGGCACCCCAAUGCCUUUGAAGCACGACCCUGUUUCCGUCUAUCAUCAUGGAGCCCAUAUGCCAACCCCCCAUCCAAAUAACCGGCCGCAUCAUCAGAUGAGCCAUCCGGGAAUGGAGAGUCUCGAUAUGCUGGACCCAGCAAAUUCGAUGACUACGUUGACGCCAAUGUCGGAGAAUACCGGCGGCGGGCCCGGGCACCACCCGGGCAUCCACGGGCCAUCCGUGUACGGGGGCAUGAACGGUAUGAUGAGCCACCACCAUCAUCACGGAAAUCUCGGUGGAGGAGGAGGCAGCGUGCCACAUUCAGCUCACCAUCAUCCAGCCAUGGCUGCAGCCGCGGCUGCGGCGGCCGCCGCCGGGCUGCAUCCGGACGCGGACACGGACCCCCGAGAGCUGGAAGCGUUCGCCGAAAGAUUCAAACAGAGACGCAUCAAACUGGGCGUAACGCAGGCUGACGUCGGCAAAGCCCUCGCGAAUCUAAAGUUACCAGGCGUUGGGGCGCUCUCACAGUCGACGAUAUGUCGAUUCGAGUCGCUGACACUCUCGCACAACAACAUGAUCGCCCUCAAGCCAAUUCUCCAAGCCUGGCUCGAGGAGGCGGAAGCCCAGGCGAAAAACAAGAGACGAGAUCCCGACGCUCCGUCGGUUUUACCCGCUGGGGAGAAGAAGAGAAAGAGGACGAGCAUAGCCGCGCCCGAGAAACGAUCCCUGGAAGCGUAUUUCGCCGUGCAACCGCGACCAUCCGGCGAAAAGAUCGCCGCCAUUGCUGAGAAACUCGAUCUCAAGAAAAACGUCGUCAGGGUCUGGUUUUGCAACCAGCGACAAAAGCAGAAGCGCAUGAAAUUCGCGGCCCAACAUUGACCCGAGGGUGGCUUGUGACAGCAAAACUGACCGUAUCAGUUGCCCAGUCUCGAGCCUAAACCAGAACCCUUGACCGAGUUUCAGGGAUGGCCGUAAAAGAAAAACCGGCAGACGAGUGGAUAGUGGACAAAUGAUCACCAUCAGCUCUGCGAACAACCAACCGCUUCGAUACUGUGCCGACCAAGUCGGCAGAGUCGUAGUCGUGCCACAAUGUCUUUUCGGUUUUCAGUGAGUUAGAAAUACGGUAGCUCGAUACUGCGGCCAAAUGGGCGAUAGUCAGACUGUCACAGGCUUCAAAUGAAUAUACGUAUACUGUGGUAAUUGCGCGCGUGCGUGAUGUUCUCGACGCGUCUCCUGUGGAAUGUUCGAUCGGCAGAAACGAUUCUUGGCUCGUCGACUCGCGAGUCUCUUCUCUCGAGAGCUCCGGUUCACUUGUGAGUAACUACACAUAUGAACACAUAACGCCUUACAGAACGAUAUUCAUCGGUUCAGCUGUCUUUACUUUGUCCUACGUUCUACGAUCAGCUCCAUUAGCGUACCAAUUCUUCUUUACAAGAUUACAACACUGAAAACCAUCUUCUCGAAUACAGAUACUUGAUUUCGAAGCUUUCGCUUGUCAACUACUUUUCUCGACUCUAUAUUUCUCCCUCUGAGUUUAUAAUAUUUUCAUGUUUGAUAUUUAAACAAACAUGUAUAUGGUUCGAAAACGUAUAAAACUAAUAAGAAAAAACGUCGAUGCCAUGGAACUGGCAAAACACUGUUCAUAUCGCAUAAGAAGAUCACAUGAAAUCGGGCGAAAGUAGUCGUGGAAACCCUAGAUCAAAUCAUCUCGAAAGCGAGAUAGAAUUUGAGGAGCAUAUCAACUGCGAUCGCGAUAAAAGAGUUUACGAGCGUAUCCACCCUUGGAUCGGCCUCGGUGGACUCGUUGAAAUCGUCGUUGAUGCAGAUUUCAUAACCAAAGAUUCUACCAAAGUUUAACAAAAUUUCAAUAUAUCUAAAAUGACGUGUCUUAAUUACUUGGAAUAUUUUUUAAGCAUUUUCGUUAUAAGCUCACCUCUCGCCUAACAACUGAUCCAGCCA